UUAUCCAGGUGUUGAAUAAGCUUAGCUCCUAAUUUGUUUGGUCUGAGAACACCAGACAGAAGCAAUUUCGAAGCUUGAUAAAUUCAAGUUUCAAUUUGAAGCGUUCGCACUUAACACAAAGUGUAAUACUUCAAAAUCAUGAUUAAGGUUGUGGUAGUUCUUGCUGUAAUCUGUGGAAUCAGUACUGGGUACACUGUACCCAUACGAAAUGCUUUUAUGUACUAUCAACAACCUAUGGGUUACAUGACGCCUUCGCACUCCGUGUAUGGAAUUCAUUACCAAAAUCAGCAGCUUCGAAACCAACGUGUAUCUGCCUUUGCCGCUGGAAACACCAUCGCCACAGGAACAUAUCUGAAGGAUUGCCAAAAUACAGAUGAAGAUAGUGAUGAAGAGAUUGACCAGGACGCAAAUGUAGAAUCCGUGGCUGACGCCUAUCCUUCCGAACAAAACCCAGUCGAAGAAGAGGCUCUACCAGAUGUUUCCACAGUCCAGGAUCCCGACUCUGAGGAACCCAUCGCCGAAGAACCGGCUGCUGCUCCAGCUGUUCCAGUUGUCCCAGUCGUAGCACCAGCCGCUAUUCCAGAAAAGAAAAAGAAGAAGAAAAUCCCAGUCAAGGUUGAUUCGGACGAAGAUGAGGAACAGACUAUUAAUGGUUCACAUCGUGGUUCUGGCGAUUCGUCCGAUCCAAAUGCCUUCUUCCCCAUCAGCUUCGGCAGCACGAGUGGUGGACCAAUUGCUAUUGCCAACUCGUACAAUACCGGAAAGGAAGGAACCGCUGCCAGUACUGCAAUCGCUUAUGGAAACUCUGCUCCCGAUGAACUUCGACGAGUUCCAGUUCAGCUGAGGAAAAAACCUUCCAAGCUUCAAGCGAGAAAAAUUUGAAUGACUGGUGUAGGAAUUUAGUGUCGAGUAGAGACAUCAUGAACAAUUAGCAUUUUGUUAGUGAAGAAGUGCAAUAUACUCAUACAAUAUUUAUUUUCUAAUAACUGACUCCGUGACUCCGAAACCAAACUAAAUAAAUGUGAUUGCAGCCAAA